GGCAGUUAGCCAUCACAAGAAGGUAUAGGCGAGACCAAAGGUUGAGUGUAUUGUGCAAGAGGAGACAACGAUGACACGCCUGAUUUGAUGUGUUGCGAAAUCUCAUUUACCCUCUUACGCCAUCUUUAUGCGAAUCUUAGUCAUCUAUUGCGGGAGAAGAGAAGUGGUGCUCGAUGAAAUCCUUUUUCCCAUAAUAUCGUACUCUAGAUUGCAGACGUCCAAAUAAGAUGCAAUAUCCUACAUUUCUUCAGAAAGAAUCAACUUCCCAACUUCUUCAUCCUUCUUUUUCCCUCGCUAUAUAAGUAUUAGGUAAGGAAGCAUUCGAUUGAGCAUGGCCAUUAGCCAGGAAGGCGCCUGUGACAUGAGCCUUUCUCUCGAUCUGAGCAUUGGCCGGAGCCGGAGGAGCGCCGAGCAGAGCUCGCCCUGCUUCGCAUUUAGCCUGUCCGACGGCUUCGAAGCUGCUGGUGACGGUGUCUCUGUUAAGAGGGAAAUUGUUAAUCAUGAUGUAGGAUGCGAGGAGGUGGAGACAGAGAGGUUGUCGUCUUUCCGCAGCGGUGGCAGCGACGAGGACGACGACGUUGGCGGCGCGAGGAAGAAGCUUAGGCUUACAAAGGAGCAGUCUGCUCUGUUGGAGAACAGAUUCAAGGAGCACAGCACCAUAAAUCCGAGGCAAAAACAUGCCCUGGCUGAGCAACUCAAUCUCCGGCCACGGCAAAUCGAAGUGUGGUUUCAGAAUAGGCGGGCAAGGACUAAGCUGAAGCAGAUGGAAGUGGACUGCGAGUUUCUAAAGAAGUGCUGCCAGAAGCUGAGCGACGAGAACCGGAAACUGCACAAGGAGCUGCAGCAGAUGAAGGCUCUCAAAGCCGCACCACCUCACACGAGCUUCCCUGCUGCAGUGAACCUCACCAUCUGCCCUUCCUGCGGGAGGAGAGAUCACAGUGGCACUGACCAAAGAGAAGCCAUUUAGGAUAACCACGAAGUCGCACGAGCCCAAACCCUCUCUAUUCACUGGCAAUGGAAGUACUGCAUCAAAGUGCAUAUAAUUUAACUUUAGUUUCUCAAGAAUGAGGUUGUAAAAUUUAAUCUGGGGUGGCUCGCGUGAGUGCAUGCCUAGUUGCCAACCUCGACUGUAGCCUGUGGUGUAACUUUACUUUCCUGACCAGUUGAACGAGUUGCAUGCAUGCACGAGCAUGCUGGACUUUA